AUAUCGACGGCCUCCGUAUUUUGUGAAAGGGAUUUUGCUUAUCCGGUUUCAAUCUUCAAAAAAGGAUGAUAAAUUCCCUCUACAUUAGACACCAGGACUUGAAAGAGGCUGCUGCCGUUGAACGCCGUCGCCAGCUCGAGGAAGCCCGUAAGCAACGAAUCUUCAAUGCCCGACGUCGAGUCAUCGGGAUCGAUGCUACGGCUCUGGAACAUCAGGUGAAGGAGAAGCAGGAGAUCGAGCAGGAUGCCCAGGAACGCCAGCGCAAGUUCGCAGAGGAACAACGACGCCAGAGUCGGUUCCUGGAGCAGAAGAACCGCGAGCAGCAGCAGCUCCGUCACCAGCUGGACAACGAAGUCAACCGAUUCCGUUCGUUGUACCAGCGACCGGAACAAUCGCGCGACUUUGACCUGUUCGACCCGGACGGGUUGAAGAAGUCACUUCCGGCGAGAGUCGGUGAUGAUGAUCCGCGCCUGUCGGUGUCCGGCGCACAGAUAUUCGACGGCGAGGAUUUGACCGAGAAGGAUCGCAAGCGUAUUCAGAAGCAACAGCAGCGUUCUUGGCUGGAGCAGCAGAUCCGGGACAAACGACAGGCCGAGCAGGAACGCAUUGCGGCCGAGAAGUUUUUGGAACAAGCGCUGGAUGCCAGGGAGCAAAGGGUUCGCCAGUUGGCUGCCGAAGAACGGAACAUACGGCACAAGAUUCAGGAGAACGUCGAUCAGUUCAAUCGACAGCUGAUGCAACAGCAAGAGUACGAACGGCAGCAGAAGAAACAAGAGGAGGAAGAGGACAAUUUGGCUGAGAUAUACAACAACGUGACCAGCGAUAUUCUGACGGAGAAUCCGGAGGUUGCGACGAGCAACCUGGGACCGAAUCGAAUCAUACCGUAUGCUUAUAAAGGAAUGAGCGCUGCAGAGCUCGAGCAAAUCAGGUUGGGACAGAUGCAACAGAAGGAAGAACUGGAACGGCGCCGACAAGCGGAACAGACCAACAAAGAAGCGUGGGAUCAGCUGGCGAAUGAUUUUGACCGAACGGUGGUUCUCAGGGAUAGGGAGUUGAACCGACGGCGCCACGAGCUGGCCGAACGAAUCAGGCAAGAGAAUGUGCAACUUUCGGACGAGCAGCAGCGCAAAUUGGCCCACAUGGACCGGGUAGUGUACCAAAAUCGACCGACGAUGGCGUACUUUGAGCAGUUUAAUACUACUAGCCGAUAGGGGGGCGGAUGAGUUGGGUUGGAAGGCUUUCUCUCACUAUUCUAUCGAUGCACGUUUGGGUGUUUUGUGGUUUGGUCAAUAAUUUAUCGCACAUUGCAAUCUUAAACAAACUAUCUAUGAUUGAUACUUGGAAUAAAAAUUAGUUAGCAGCUAAA